GUGCGCACUAGGGUCGGUGGGCCGCGAGCAGACCGCCUAGGCCUGAGACUGGAACGGCGCGGAGAUGGGGGCGGCGGCCGCGGAGGCCGACCGCACUCUGUUCGUGGGUAACCUGGAGACGAAGGUGACGGAGGAGCUCCUCUUCGAGCUGUUCCACCAGGCUGGGCCAGUAAUAAAGGUGAAAAUCCCAAAAGAUAAAGAUGGCAAACUGAAGCAGUUUGCAUUUGUGAAUUUCAAACACGAAGUGUCUGUUCCCUACGCCAUGAAUCUUCUCAAUGGAAUCAAACUUUUCGGGAGGCCUAUCAAAAUUCAGUUUAGAUCAGGAAGUAGUCACCUCUCUCAGGACGCCAGUACGUCAUAUCCCCAGCACCAUAUGGGAAACUUAAGCCCUACGUCCACAUCUCCUAACAGCUAUGAAAGGACGGUGGGUAACGUGACUCCGCCAGCACAGAUGGUCCAGAGGUCCUUUUCAACUCCAGAAGAUUAUCAGCGGCAAGCAGUGAUGAACAGUGUUUUCAGACAGAUGUCAUAUGUUGGGAAAUUUGGUUCUCCACAUGCAGAUCAGUUGGGAUUUUCACCGUCAGUUCAACCACAUGGUCACACCUUUAACCAGUCUUCCAGCUCCCAGUGGCGCCAAGAUGCGGUGUCAUCACAGCGUAAAAGACAGAAUUCUCACCCCUACCUAGCAGAUAGACACUAUAGCCGUGAGCAGCGCUACUCUGAUCAUGGGUCUGAUUAUCAUUACAGAGGAGGCCGAGAGGAUUUCUACUAUGACGACAGGAAUCAUGAUGGCUGGAGCCAUGAUUAUGAUAACAGAAGGGACAGUAGUAGAGGUGGAAAGUGGCCCUCAUCCCGACACUAACAAGCAUUCCAAGGACAUUGUUUACAGGGCCAUUUUCGGUCCUUUUAACUAAGUUGUUGCAGAAAUAUUUCUAAAAACUGUACAGAGUAAUCCCACAAUUUUCCACCUGUCUUUGAAAAAAAUGUUUUUAAACCUAGUAACAGUUCAUAGAGAACUGAGAACCGUGGCUCCUCGUGUGCUGCUUUAAUCACCUGACCUCAGGGUUCUGAUGAGGAAGGUUUAUACAAAAGAGUGAGCACCAUUCUGGUCAUUUCAGACAGUCUGGGAAAGAUGAGUAUGUAGAUGGGUUGUAUUAUAAAGCAAAUAUUUUACUUAUGUCACCUUUUGUGUUGCAAGAAAUAUCUUGGUAAUGAAUCAACUUGGUGUAUAUAAUAGGAAACAUCUAAGUUGGUAGUCUGAAAUGGCUGUCUGCAUUUUGUUAAUAAAUGAGAAAAUGGAACUUCUCAGUAAUCUGUUUAUUAAUAGUUUAUUUAAGACAGUUUAUUGGCUUUGCUUGGAGAUAAAUCAUAUUUUCUAACUCAGAAUUUAAGUACAAAUUCUGUGGUAUGCUCUUGAAUUUUAUCACAAUUGAACAUGUUAUAAAUCUUUUACUAGUUCAUUCUAAGAACUUUAAAAUUCUUUCAUUAAGCUAUAUUUGAUGUAUUACUAGUCACUCAGGAAGCUCAAUAUAUACAAUGUAUAUUUUUACAUAAAAUGACAGUGUUGAUGAAAAUUAUUUUUUAGAAAGAUGUUAAUACAUAGAGAAAAUGGCAAAAUGUUUCACUGGAAGGAUUAUAAUUUUGAAAUUUUGUUUAACAAAACUUCCAUGUUUCAAGAUCCUGUUGUUCUUUUCACUGAAAAAUCGUUUUUAAGAAUUCAUUCAGAGAAAAAAAAUGUGGAUUCUCUUUAUACCACAGCAUUUAUACUAUGUUCCUUUUAAUGUAUUAAAUACACAAAAAGAA